AUGGAGAAGUGUAAAAUCUGUGGUUGUGUUAAUUUCUAUAAAGAAUGCGGUUAUUUUUUCUGCGUUACAUGUCAAACACAAAACGAGGAUAUCAGAGAAGAAAUAUUAGAAGUACACAUGGAUGAUACUACAAAGUUGCGGAAAACGAGAAUUCGUCGCAUGAAGGAUAGUAAAACAGAUAAAGAAUUUGGAUGGACAUCAUGGGAACUUUACAAUUUUGUUUUGAUUGGUUUAACAAAUGAACUUAUUGAACUUGGUGCACCAGCAGAUAUAAAAAUAACAGUAUUACAAUUAUGGGCCAGGUAUCUUGGAAAACUUGAAGUAGCAUUUACAUCAACAAAAAAAAAGCUUAUACCAAAAUUAGCUAGAAGAUAUAAAAAAAGAGAUGCUGAAAUUAUAUAUGGUAAAAUUUUCUCACAGAAUAAAACCAGAAAACGAAAGGAAACUGAUAAUAGUAUAGCAAGUUCUAGAGCUUCUACUUAUCAAAAUCAAGAAAGUACUUUAAGAAAAUUAAAUAGGAAUAAAAAACUUAUGAUCACUACUGACUAUGAUAGGUUUAUACAGUCACAAGCAAGUUCAGAAGGAGAUGCGCUUAGUGGAUUUAAUCAAAGCGGAUACAGUAUGCAUUCUAGUAUAGAACAACUUUCGGAAGACUAUAAAACGAUAUAUUUUAAUUUUUCUGCUAAAGAGGAAACAAGAAAAAUAAAAGGCAUGAUGAAAAAAGCACCACGAAAUAAACGCAAUAAAUAUAAAAAAGGUUAUAUAACUAAUAAGUAUAAAAUGGGGCCAGAGUUAAUUACACCUAUGAAAUUAUGGGCAAUCUUAUAUUUGGCUUUAAGAAUCCACAAUAAUGCUAUGCAAUUAGGCGAUAUGCUAAGAUAUGGAAGAGAAGGACAUUUAUCUUAUUAUAAAUUAGAUCACUUGAUACCUCCUGAAGUAACUUUGACAAGAAAUGAUCUGAAUUUUUUAUCACGAGUUAUGGAUGUCACGCAUAAGGGCAUGAGAAGAAUAAUAGGAAAUAUGGCAACAUUUCUUGGAGUCACAAAAAUAAUAUGCCCAAAUUUCUUAUCGCUUAUCAGUCGAUAUUGUAUUGAAUUAGAAUUGCCAAAAGGCAUAUUGUUAUAUGGAGAAAGAUUAGUGGCUUUAUCUCGUCCAAAGAUGAACUUUGACAAAAAGUCUUGCAUUCCCAAUUAUGAAGGUCGUGCUAUGGCUUUUAUUAUCAUAGUAAUGAAAAUUUUAUUUGCUAUGGAUGGCAUUACAGAAUAUGAAAUUAGUAAUUUUGCUGACAAAGUUAAUAGUGUAACAAGUGAUGAAGAUGCUUAUACAACGAGACUGUUCAAUUUUCGAGAAUGGCAAAGAUAUAUCGAAUGUAGACGAACUGUCUUAGCUAAUAUGCAUUUUCCAACUAAAUUGAAAUAUGAUUUAAAUACAUCAGUCAUUAAUAGCUUAUAUAUAAAAUUUUUGGAAUCGAUACAUUCCAAAACAAACAGAGAGCAAUCUGAAAUAACUACGUAUAAACAUUUAAUUUCCCGUGAACUUGUUCAUGCGGUGAAACAAUGUAUCACUAACAUAAAUUAUGUCGAUAUAUCGUUGAACGAGAUAAACAUAUUCACUCCUUCUUUAAGGCCACAUCAUUCGUAUCUUCAACAAUUAUUGAAAUAUCCACAAUAUGACAUUCCAAGUAUACUUAGAAACGAUUUCUAUUUUACAAAAAUUGGAUUUAUGACAAAACCAGAAUCUAUCUACGAAUUGGCUCAACGAUACCAGAUGCAGUUAGAUUUUAUUAAUUCAAAUUUGCAUUUUGUCGAAAAGAUCGUACCUUUUUAUGAACAAGCGAAAAUGACAAGUAUAAAUGAUUUGAAAAACUAUAUUGAAGUACAUGAUUUUAUGGAAGAGAAAAUUAGAGAUGAACAGAAAGAAGAUUUUAUCGACUAUUUACAUAGAAAGAUACCUUGUCAGUUUAAAAUAGAUGCAAAGAAAAAAUACUAUUAUAAUGACACUCGAACUACAAAUAUAAAUGUGAAAGCUUCUCCAUUAACUUUAACUGAAUUUAUAUUCAACGAGACUUCUUCAGAUGGUAAAUUAUCGAUUCCAGAUGAUAAUGAUAAUGAAGAUUUUCAAGAUGAUUGUAUAAAUAUUUUUUCCGAAGAAACAAAAUCAUCAUUAUCGAAGUUUUGUGAGGCGUAUAAUAUAAAUUUUUCUAAUACAGAAAGAACAACUAUAUCCGAAAAUUUAUGUUUGGGAAAAAAACGGAAACGCAAACUUUUAAGAGAUACGAACGGCAAAUUUGUUAAACAAAACGAUAUUCCUUUGAAACACAGUAUUGAAAAUUUAACCGAAAAUUAUUGUGUAAAGCAAACUGAGACGAUUCCAGGAGAUAACUUGGAAGUUAAAGAUAUACUACUAGAAAUCCCAGACAUUUGUAAUUCAAGUGACACAUCUAUGUUUAGUGAUCAUACGAAGAUUGAGGUUGAACAUGAUCAAUCUGAGAAUUGUAGUGAAGCAUUUAAAAUAGCAAUGGAUAAAUCUUUUUAUACAAUAGAUAAUGAAACAGACAAAACUCUUAGAUUGUUUAAACCUUUUAAAGAUUAUUGGAUGUAUCAUUGUAACUUUAGUCGUGUGAAAUCAAAAAAUUUUGAAUUAUUCGAGAAAACGUUACCGAGGAGCUUCCGAUGGUUAUUGAAUGAAUGUGCAAGCGUCAUCGAAAUGUCACCAGAAGAUCUUUAUGAAGAAGUAUGUCUCAUUGAAACUUAUUACACAAACCUUUCUGAACAAAUGGAAGUUCAUACAAAUACGAAUUUUGAAAAUCGCAACCAGGCGUAUUUCAACCGAAUUCUGAAAAGAUGGUAAAACAAAAUAAAAAUAAAAAUCGA